AUGAGUUCCUUGGACCAAGAGUCUUUGAGACUCCCUACGACGAUAGAGAGAACACUGGAAACACCCGAAGUCCCCCAUGUCAAUGACCCUUACGGAGUACACGCCCGCGCGAGAAUGCAGACAGAGAAGGCAAUCAAGGAAGAACAGGAGGAUGCACAGAUUUCCAACCUCGAGGAUGCCAUGGCUCGUAUUGAGCAAUUAAGAGCAAUCAUAAACCACCGAGAGGUCGGAUUAGAAACCAACUGGAGAUUCGAGCAGACAUUCAUGGGAGUAUAUGGUGGCUGGCCCAGAAUGUUUAUCAGUGACUGGGAAAACACACUUUCCAGUAUGGAGUGGAAUGCUUAUACCUGGGCUCUCAACUUUGCCUUUCAACCCCGCUGGAAUAGAUACGAUCAUAUAUCUCAAGAUCAAAAAAGGGACAUCAUCGCUAGCUUGAAAGGAUGGAUUGUUCAAGAUGAUUUUGACCUCAUCAUCUCCAAAUUCCCCCCGGUCAUCCGACUCGCCGCUUUGAAGCAUUUGACGGCAAUCAGUAUCCUCAAACAUUGUUUCGAAGUAUUCUUCGAAAACCCUUUCUGGUAUUUGGAUCCCGAUGAUGAAUACAAAAGAGACAGCAACGUCACUUGCACCACUUUUGCCACUCACUUGAAUGUCUUGCACAAAAAAUUUCUCUCAGUGGUCCCCGAACUCGCUCACCACUGGCGGGCCCAGACAGUACGCCUUGCGAAUACCAUACAACUGAGCCCUUACGCGUUGGAGGGUGACAGGGCAUAUGGCGUUGCAAACGAGGAGAUUAUCAAGGAAAAAGCAUAUCAGCUUGCGGCAGCUAAACUCAACGACCCAGCCUUUCAAUGCCUUCUCCAAGACCCAACAGAUGCCAAAUUACCCGACGCCCUCGGUGACGUCUACCAUAGAUUCGCUGAGAAGGCCAGGCUCAUGUCCACCAUGCAUCCAUAUAUAACAUGGAAAACUUUGGAUUCACCUGAAAAUGACCCACUUCGACCUAAGUUCACUCGUAGCGACAAGACAAUGGAACCGGUAUAUAUGUGGCCACUUGGCCCCCGGGAGUCUAGGCUCAACGGUCGUGAAGUGCUCGCAAUCCGUUUUCCCUAUGUCGUUCGAGGCAAAGAUUGGGAUUUGUUGGGAGCCAAGAGCUAUUUGCUCAUGAAGGCCCAGGUUUAUAUAGAUGAUCCUAUAGGGCACCCCCGAGAUUCUUAUGAGGAAGAUGAUAAUCCUUAUGAUCCAUCCCGCAAAAAGCGAAUAAAGCAGGUGGCAAAAGAGAAGAAGAAAUUGGGGGGAAAUUGGGACCGGAGUAUAUCGCAGCCGAUUAAAGUGAAGAAGACUGGAUCGGCGAAGAAGAAAAAGAAAUGA